CCAGGAAGAGAGCGCGGAGAGAGAGGCUCGGGUGUGGCUCCACUGAACUUUGCAGACUCCGGUCUCUUUGCACAAAUCCUUUUAAUUGUAUUUCUGUUUGCUGCUGGCCGCGUCUCCUCCGUGCGUGCCGAGGAAAGCGGGUUCGGGACUCGUUGCGUUUCCAGGUUUUUCAUUUCAUCCCUCGUUUUCUCCUCCGCGGUGGAAGUGCAGGACGAGUUGCAGUCAUGGCUGAGAAGUAUCUCUUCGUUGAUAAAGACUUCAUGAAUAAUCCCCUGGCUCAGGCGGACUGGUCCGCCAAGAAGCUGGUGUGGGUUCCCUCUGAGAGACACGGGUUCGAGGCGGCCAGCUUGAAGGAGGAGGCCGGCGAGGAUGCCCUGGUGGAGCUGGCGGAGAACGGGAAGAAGGUUCGAGUGAGCAAAGACGACAUCCAGAAAAUGAACCCUCCCAAAUUCAGCAAAGUGGAAGACAUGGCGGAGCUGACCUGCCUGAAUGAGGCUUCAGUGCUUCAUAACCUGAAAGAGAGAUAUUACUCUGGACUGAUCUACGUGAGUAGAGAGAGGGGCUGUACCUGA